AUGAACAGGUACAACUUAGUCUGCAUCAUCUACUGCUCCUUUGGAGCCUUCUUCUAUGGCUACGACUCGGGCCUCACCACCUCCAUCAUCGGCUACCCCGAGUUCAUCGAAUAUUUCAAGUUCAACCACACAACCCUGGGAGGCCUGGGCUCUGCUUACUAUGCAGGCAACUUUGUGGGCUCCCUGAGCAACAUGUACCUCCCCGACAGGUUCGGGCGUGUGCAGGUCAUCCGCUAUGCUUCAAUUGCUUCGAUCAUUGGCGCGGGCAUGCAGACCGGCGCGCAAAGCCUCGGGGUCUUGCUGGCCGGGAGAGCAAUCGGAGGCAUAGCUUGCGGUAUCAUCGUCAGCUUGUGUCCAUUGUUCGCAACCGAACUGUCACCUCCACAUGUUCGUGGACGGGUCGGAGGUCUCUAUAGCUUCAACGUCAACUUUGCAUUCGCCGUCACCGAGUGGAUGGGUCUAGGCUUCUCCUAUAUCAGGGGUGACACGAAAUGGCGCAUCUUCCUAGGCCUGCAACUCCUCUGCGCAUUGAUCAUGAUCGUGGGGUCCUUCUGGAUGCCGCAGUCGCCUCGUUGGCUCGUGAUGAAAGGCCGCCAUGACGAAGCAUUGGCUGUCCUGGAAAAGCUACACGGGAGCCACGAUCCCACAGGACAAGACGAUGAGGUUCCCUUCUACCGUCGCGAGUUCUACCAGAUUGAAGCCCAGAUCAGGAUCGAACGCGAGGCCCCUCAACUCGGGCUGGUGGCCAUUCUCAAAAAGGCCUCGUACCGCCGCCGCGUCGGCCUCGUCAUGUUCUACUUCUUCUUCCAGCAGCUCACGGCCAUCAUCCCCCUGCAGAACUACCAGGUCAUCCUGUACCGCUCUCUCGGCGUCACGGGCAAGCUGGCCCUCAUCCUGAUCGGCGUCUGGGGCACCGUGGGCGUCAUCUUCUCCACCAUCGGCGCGUCCUUGUUCGACAAGCUGGGUCGCAGGGUAUCCUUCUUCAUCUCCAUGACCGUCGUCCUCAUCGCCUCCAUAAUGCUGGUGAUUUUCUGGGCCCGUUACGAGAACGGAGGGAGCACGAACAAGACGCUGGGCGCGCUGGCACUGUGGUCCAUGUUCCUCUUCCUCACUGGCUACGCGUGGAUCCUGAACAGCUUUGGGUUUGCGUACACUCCGGAAAUCAUGCCGACCGAGAUCCGGGCUACUGGCGUGGCAAUCGGGUACGCGACGGUCAACUCGGCCAUGAUCAUGCUGGUCCAGGUGACGCCGAUCGCCAUCGCGGCCAUCAGCUGGCGGUUCUUCCUGAUCUUCAUCUUCACCGAUGCCAUCUUCAUCUUGGGCGUCUACCUCUGGUUCCCGGAGACCGCGAACGUCCCACUGGAAGAAGUGGCAGCCCUGUUUGGUGAUGCGGUUGCUGUUACGCUCGACGAAGCAAAAGAGCUUGAUGCCAAAAUCCAACUCGAAGAAGCGCGUGCUGGCACGGUGACCCAUGUCGAGGAACGUCCUUCAAAGUAA